CGAUAAAUGAAUAGACCCAUUUUCUAGCUCAGGCGGGAAAACAAAGGUCCCCUUUGGCAGAGCCAGGUAACGCGCCAGCCACCGACGCGCCGCCGUGCUGCGGCAGUUUGGAACGCGAGCUCGUAGACUUUAGCGCCACCGAACAACCUUAAAUACCCAUUUCGUCUCUUUACUAUUGACCCAGAAACCAGCACUUGAAAUGAUUCCGAAGACAUUUAAGGACACGAUCGUUCCCCUUUUAAACAAAUCCAAGUCUCUGCAACAUCUUAAACAAAUCCAUGCCCACCUCCUUAAGACCCACCUCCCCGAAAAUCCAUACGCCRUCGCACCUCUACUCGCCGUCGCUGCAACUUCCGGCGACGAUAGCGGUUCUUUGUUUUCGUACGCUUGUGCAAUUUUCGAGAACCUUCGGCAGAGGAACACUUUUAUGUAUAAUUCGAUGAUCAGAGGGUAUGUUCUAUCACGUUCUCCGAUACAAGCAAUUCUAUGCUACUUAGAUUUGAUUAAUCAUGGGCUUUUGGCUAAUAACUAUACUUUUCAACCAUUGAUAAAAGCUUGCGCGUUAGUUUAUCAUGAUCUGAAGCGAACAGGUAAUUUAGUUCAUGCCCAUGUUAUUGUACUCGGCUAUGAGAAUGACCCUUUUGUUGUUAGUACGCUCGUUGAAUUCUACUCCUUAGUGGAUUUGAAAAUUGCGCGGCAACUGUUUGAUAAAAGUUCUGUGAAGGAUGUGGUUGUGUGGACGGCGAUGGUUGAUGGGUAUGGGAAGAUGGGGGAUGUUGAGAGUGCUAGGGUGUUGUUUGAUGAAAUGCCAGAGAAGAAUGUAAUUUCUUGGAGUGCUAUGAUGGCUGCCUAUUCUCGGGUUAGUGACUUCAGAGAGGUGCUCUGUUUGUUUAGGCAAAUGCAAGAGAUGGAUAUUAAGCCCAAUGAAUCAGUUGUUGUCAGCGUUCUUACUGCCUGUGCUCAUCUUGGUGCUAUAACACAAGGGGUUUGGAUGCACUCCUACGCCAAGCGGUACAGGUUGGAGUCUAACCCAAUAUUAGCCACUGCAUUGGUUGACAUGUAUUCAAAAUGUGGAUACAUCAAAUCAGCUUUAUCAGUUUUCGAUGGUAUUUCAAAUAAAGAUGCUGGGGCUUGGAAUGCUAUGAUUUCAGGUGUUGCAAUGAAUGGAGAUGUGAAGAAAUCUCUUGAGUUAUUUGAUGAAAUGGUCAUCAAAGGAACUAAUGCCACAGAAACUACAUUUGUAGCUAUCCUCACCGCUUGUACACAUGCCAAGAUGGUUGAUAGGGGCCUUAAAUUGUUUGACCAAAUGUAUACCGUUUAUGGAGUUUGGCCUCAACUUGAGCAUUUUGCUUGUGUGGUUGAUCUUAUGGCUAGAGCAGGUAUGGUGGAGGAUGCUGAGAGAUUUAUAGAGGAAAAAAUGGGAGGCUUCAGUAAAGUGGACGCCAAUGUGUGGGGAGCAGUACUUGGUGCUUGUAGAAAGUAUGGGAAUAUUGAAGCUGGGAACAGAAUUUGGAGAAAGCUUUCAGCUAUGGGUAUAUCAGAUUGUGGUACCCAAGUCCUCUCAUACAACAUUUAUGCUGAAGCCGGGUGGGAAAUGGCGGCAAAGGAGGUAAGAAAAUUUUUUGCAGAGGCAAGAAUGAAAAAGACACCAGGUUGCAGCGUGUUGGAGGUUGAUGGUGCAGUUCAAGAGUUUCUUGCAGGCGAUCUUUCUCAUCCACAAGUGCAAGAUAUAUGUGAAAUGCUCGGUUCUCUUUCUAAAAUGGUGAAGUGGGAAACACUUGGUCAAGUAAUUUAGAAAUGGUUUUUAGACAGGAGAAAGCCUUUAAGAAGUUGCACGUGGUUUGUUGAGACUUCUGACGUCAAAAGAAUUCUAAAAGUUUCCGUCCUUGAGCUUGAGGUGGAGGAAGCACAGAGUCAUGCACUAUCCAGCCAAGAUCACCUAUACUUUGAGAAUAUUCGGGUAUCCUCCAUUUGCGGAUGGCCUUAGCGAGAUAUUUUCAUCUUAUGCAAAUCAUCUACAUGAUCAUUAUCAUAUCAAUCUCAUGCUUAUAUGUGGAGAGUCAACACUUGUGGCACCAACAUUAGUUGUACCGAGUUAUUUGUUGCUGGCCGUUACUGGGAUCAGGAGGCUGCACUCUCUGGUGUCUACAGAAUCAAUGAGGAACCAUAGGCUGGUGGAGCCAAUCUUGCAGGGUCACCCCUGCUUGAUCCGAAGAAGACUGCAUCACUGGGAAAGUUCUAAAACCCAGGCGGUGAAAGGUCAACUUUCUUAUCACCAAGCAGUAAAAAAUAUUUUAAUUGCAAGAUUAUUUAUCAAACUGUCGAUUACUUUUAGCUUGAAUUUGAUGAUAAAUUUCUAUUUAGUCCCUAAAUUUUAAAAAACGACAAUUUGAUACUUGACCUUUAGAAAAUAGUUUUGAAAGAUCUCUAGAGUCAAACUUCCGUUAGUGUCACAAAUGGAAGGAUGACAUAGCAUUGAUCGUAGUUCAUUGCAUGCGUGUAUAAAGUUUCUUCAUCAUCAUCUCUCCCUCUCCACGCCCCCCUCUYCCCCUUCUCUCAAAAAUCCAGAUCAAUAAAGCUUUUAUUUCUAACCCAAAACUGUUUUUUCUGACACGUCAGACA